AUGGCAAUAGGCAUGGCGAAUCAGAUGUAUUAUCCUUGCGCAAUUUUACGUGAACUGCAACAACGAGGUAUUCAACAAACGAGAAUGAAUCCAGGCUGGCUAGCUUUUCCAGGCCACCCCAUCCAUCCUGGUCAUUCUAAUCAGGUCAUCGAUUCCACCCAAAUUGAAGACAUUAGGCUUCUCCAACCUGUAAUAGCAGAAUUAUAUGGGCCAUCUGGCAUGUGUCAGACUAUAGAUGCGCAGAUGUUGACUCAUCCAGAAUUUCUUGCACCCAACGACUCGCUUAUAUUUCAAGACCUUGGAAAACCUGCUCAAUCGGAGCCACGUUCUCAAGGCCCAUCUUCCAUGGGUGCUCUUCCAUUAGAAACGUCUGAAUCAGAGCCCUUUGAACAGCUUGAGCUGGAGCCGCUUGAGCUGGAGCCGCUUGAGCUGGAGCCACUUGAGCCACUCAAGCUGGACUCUCUUCCCUUGAAUGACUACCAGCAGGAACCUUCGCCACAGAGGGAGCUCUUCGAACAACAACUAAAUGAGUUUAUGUCAAAGGUUACAAAUAGACUAGAUAGGUGA